GCGUGCCCGCCUAAAUCUGUGCCCCGGACCCUAGCAGGGUGAUGCGCGUGCCCGAACCUGACUCGAUAAUUGGGUAUAGCGGAAGUUUAGCAUUGGACUAAUAUACAAUAUAUAAAAUAUCCUAACAACCUUGUUCGAUUAUUAUCGGUGUAAAAUAUGAAAAAAAUUGCCUGGGAAAUCAUUGGAAAGGUGCAUAGAAGGUGCAUGGAAGAGGAUUAAGCCUUUCUAAACGCACUGGCAUUGCACAUCAAGAUCACCAUUCCGCUAGACGAGGAGAAUAAUUACUGGGGUUGUAUAUUUGUUUGAAGCAUUCUUUUGCAGACCAAUUAAGCUUGUCGAUGGAUUAUAAACAGCAUUGCAACUUUAAUACAUUUGAUCAAUUUUAACGGAGGCAGUCUGGAUGGCAAUCUGAGCGCGCAACGAUGCCAUGCAUCACCAUGCAUUUAUAGAAAUUUGAAUUAUUCUCCCGUCUCUGGAUCAGCGCACAGUUAAAUGAGAACAUAUCAACUAAAAGUAGCACUGUUUGUUGUUUUUCGUUUAGAUGUGGUUGGCCUCUCGCGAAUGUGUUUACGUUCUUCAUCUGAAGGAUUAGUAUAACAACAUUUCUUGUGGGCUAUAUGUAGCUCGAAGGCAACUGUAACCUAAUAUAAUUUUUGGGAGAUUCAUCGGGCUUGCAAUACAGCCACAUCAUGUAUGCUGGACGUAAAAGGAGAAAACCAGUCCAGAGAGCGGUGAAACAGCCCCCAUCAGAAGGGGCCAAGUCGAACCCCUCCAAGCGCCACCGGGACCGUCUAAAUGGAGAGCUGGAGAGGCUGGCCAGCCUUCUGCCCUUCCCAGAGGAGGUCACCACCAGCCUGGACAAACUCUCCAUCCUCCGCCUAAGUGUCAGCUACCUCCGGGCCAAGAACUUCUUCACUGUAGCCCUGAAGAACUGUACUUGCAACGGAGAGCUGGCCAAUGGUGGUAGCGAUGACAACGACAAAGCCACGGGAUUGGCCAAUAGUUGGCUGCCUGAAGGCGAACUCUUGCUGCAGGCUCUGAAUGGCUUCAUCCUGGUGGUCACUAAUGAUGGGACCAUUUUUUACUCCUCUCACACCAUCCAGGAUUACCUGGGCUUCCACCAGACUGAUGUUAUGCACCAGAGUGUGUAUGAGUUGGUUCAUACUGAGGACCAGCAGGAGCUGAGGAGUAACCUCCACUGGGCCCUCAACCCACCUGACAUUGUGGCCCCUGUGACCCCACUGGGAGAGACCCCCUCAGAUGCGGAGCCGGACAGCAGCACUACUGCCACUGUGACCUAUAACCCUGAGCAGCUCCCCCCAGAGAACUCCUCCUUCCUGGAGAGGAACUUUGUGUGUCGCUUCCGAUGCCUCCUGGACAAUUCCUCUGGCUUCCUGGCCCUAAGUCUGCAGGGCCGGCUGAAGUUCCUGCAUGGUCAGAACCAGCGCCAGGAUAACGGGGGCAAGGCGCCCCCCCAGCUGGCCCUGUUUGCCAUCGCUACGCCCCUCCAGCCCCCCUCCAUCCUGGAGAUCAGGACCAAGAACAUGAUCUUCAGAACCAAACACAAGCUGGACUUCACCCCCAUGGCAUGUGACGCAAAGGGGAAAAUUGUGCUUGGGUAUACUGAAGCUGAACUUCGGGUGCGAGGUUCCGGCUAUCAGUUUAUCCAUGCAGCGGAUAUGUUGUACUGUGCUGAGAACCAUGUCCGAAUGAUGAAGACAGGAGAGAGCGGUCUGACCGUGUUCAGACUCCUCACCAAGGACAACUGCUGGAAGUGGGUCCAGGCCAACGCCAGGCUGGUCUACAAGAACGGCAAACCAGACUACAUCAUCGCCACGCAGAGGCCUCUGAUGGAGGAGGAAGGGGGCGAGCACCUAUGUAAACGAUCCAUGCACCUCCCCUUCACCUUUGCGACGGGAGAGGCCCUGCUCUACCAGUCUAACCACCCAAUUGCACGCUUCAACGACGGUGCCCAGGGCUCUGAGAAUAACGUCAGCAAUUCCAAGAAGGGACGGACUGACAGGGUCUCCAGGGAUGGCCUGGACCCAGGCUCCCUCUUGGGGGCGCUGAUGAGUCAGGAUAAGUCUGUGUACGUCUGCCAGCCAGCCCUGGAGCCCAAGCUGUCCUUCCACAGCAGCCUGUUUGGGGACCGGGUCGGCCUCUCUGACUCCGACCCCACUGCUUUGCUCCAGGGCUGGGAUGAGUCAUCCAAUGGUGUAGUGGGUCCGGGUUUUCCAGAGCCGGCGUCAAGCUUUGAUCCACUGCUGGCAACCCUAGACUCCCUGUCCCUGGAGGGUCAGGGGGGUGUGGUGGACAGGGAAGGGGACAGAGGCAACGGGGAGGCCUGUUCCAAUGGGGAGCUUUUUGGGGCUCUGGAGGGCCUGGGGCUGAGCGCCGAGGACCUGGAGCUGCUGCUGCUGGACGAAAGGAUGAUCCAGGUGGAGAUGGACCCUGAGCGGAUUCCUACCCUGGAUGACCUGCUGACCAACGACGAAAUCCUCUCCUACAUCCACGACUCCCUGGAGUCAAAGACAGACGCGGCAGAGGACGGGAGCCAGGUGCCCUCCACAAUCCCGGGAACAACUGCCCCAAUAACGACGACAACAACAACAAAGGCACCUGUUGAAAGUAAUCCCACUUCUGCCACCAAUGUGCACUCUCAAUACCUUCCUCAUAAGUCUUCCGUAGUGGGGCAGGCACCCAUAGUUCAGCUUUCCCAGAAGAUGCAGCAGUACCUCAGCAUGCGACCAGGGGUGGUGGUCCAAGACUGGGCCCAGCAUAACAAUCACCUGCCCCAUCCUGUGGUGCAUGGACUCCAGGGGCAGAGUCAGCCCAUACACAAUGGACAAUGGACAUCCCAGCACAUUCUAGCCAGUACAGAGGUCCCGGUUGACCACUGUCACACCCCCCAGUCUCUGUUCAAUGGAAUGGCGUCAGAGCCGGAUGGGGAUCUUCACCGGCGGCAAGCCGACCAGCACCAACACUACCUCCAGCAGCAUCAACAGCAGGACAUAGUCCAGAGCCAGCUCCCUCUGCGCCAUGCCAAACAGCCGGACGCCAAUCUCAACGGAGUGUAUGGCAUUCCAAACACACACACAGAGCAUCACCCAGCUGGUAAACAGCAGUGGCAGGACUACAGCUACAGCCACCUUGGGGAAACCACCCUGAACAGCAACCCCUGCCUCAGCAAUGGCCACAUACCUCCCGUCACACACACCACCGUAGACGCUUGUAUGGAUUUCACUAUGGCUGAUAAUCCCAGCAUGGAUUAUAUCAUCAACGAAUGCUCGUAUGGGGGGAACGAGGAGCAACAGGGGACAGAGGCCGCCGUUUCAUCCUACCAGAGGAUGAACCACAAGCAGCAGCAGCAGGAGCAGCUGCCCCCUCCCUUGGCUCAGGUGCUGUCCAGCCUCUCGCAGUGCCCUCCGCCAAACGCUACCCUGGAGCAGAUCCUGGGGGUUGGACAGUCCUACAGACAGCUGCCCUCACAGGAGGCCUAUGACAUGGUAACCUCUGACAUCCCUCACGACCCCAACCACAGUAAGAUGGAAAAUGGCUGCAUUUUUAACGGGGCCUACUCAGGAGGCUGUGUUCUGCCCAAUGGGAAUGGUGUGGUGCCCUCUAACGGCCAGCUCCCCUGCCCUGACACUUUAUCCAGCCUCCCUGAUGCCCAGUCCUCAGGCUUUUACCUCUGACUGGGGACCACCAGGGGACACUGACUGACUGACUCAAGGAGGGUCACAACCACCCAUCCUACCACUGGACCAGCCUUGUACUGUACAACUAGUUGAUACCAUGGAUCAAAAACAAGACAUAGGCCUAAAUGUUUUCAGUACUUUUUGUUUUGUUUGAUGUUUUAUAAUAACAUAAUUAUCAUUUGAGUCCUUUGUUUAUAAUAUGCUGUCAGAGCGCUAAAGUUUAGUUUUAUUACGUUUUUUUUAAAUAACACAGAGAAGUAAAUGAGAGUCUUUUAACUGUUGUUUCUGUGUUUUUCAUGUAAAAAAAAAAGCAUUCUCUUUUUCCUCCCAUUUGAAGUACAGCAUGGUAAUUGGUAGUCAAGGAGACACUACCUACCCCAGCAUGUAUAGAUGCUAAUGGCACCAUCAUCUUUAUGAUUUGUGACACAUGACAUCAUCAUCAGUGUUACGAGUUGUCAUACAAUAGGAAUGUAACUUUCAAAUACAAAGGUCAAUGCUCAAGUUUACUUGUAAUGGGUAAUGUAAUGAAUUGUCUUAGAAAAUGAGAUACGUGAUGUCAAGUAAAAAAAGGUUUAAAAAAGGUUUAGAAUAUCUGAAUUUGGUCUACAAUAUCCUGCACUUUAUUUCAACCACCCACUGAUGCUGAUACGGAAGUCGGUCGGGGAUACCAGGGUUAUUUAGGUCGGGAUACCAGGGUUAUUUAGGUCGGGGAUACCAGGGUUAUUUAGGUCGGGGAUACCAGGGUUAUUUAGGUCAGGGAUACCAGGGUUAUUUAGGUCAGGGAUACCAGGGUUAUUUAGGUCAGGGAUACCAGGGUUAUUUAGGUCGGGGAUACCAGGGUUAUUUAGGUCGGGGAUACCAGGGUUAUUUAGGUCGGGGAUACCAGGGUUAUUUAGGUCAGGGAUACCAGGGUUAUUUAGGUCAGGGAUACCAGGGUUAUUUAGGUCGGGGAUACCAGGGUUGUUUAGGUCGGGGAUACCAGGGUUAUUUAGGUCAGGGAUACCAGGGUUAUUUAGGUCAGGGAUACCAGGGUUACUUAGGUCCAUUUUUUUUUUUUACGUUUUAAUAUUUAAGGUGGCUGUUACUGAUGUAUGUUGGAGAAUGUGUAACAAUAAUUGUCAUUUUUUUGUAAAAACAAAUGGUAUUAUAUUUCAGGUGAUGGGUUGAUGUCCUCACAGGCACAUACACUUCUAUACAAUUGUCAUAAUAAUAUUUAUUUCACUUGAAUUAUCCUUUUGAUGUUGUCAUUGACAUCUUGUACCUCUGGGUUAGAGCUUGUCCAAUACUAAAGUCAACUGUGACUGAACUAGCAGAAGACCUCAGUAUUUAUUUAUUUUACAACAAUUACAUUUUCAUCAAUUGUCAUUCAUGUCCUCUAACAUACAAUACAUUAGAGGGUAACAUCUUGGUGAGAGAGGAAGUAUAUUGUCAGAAUCUAUAGGUUUCCAACAACUAUUCCGGUCUUAAGAUGACGAUCUAAUGACAGUUCACUGACCGAUUUGUAAACAUUGAAAACCAAACGUGAGUAUUAUAAGGUCUCUUCUGGAAGGAUACAAUUUUGAAUGUUUUAUGUAAAUAGUAAAUGAUUGGGAAGUAAUGCUGAAUAGAAGUGUGUCAUCAUGAAGAUGCUAAAAAGAGAUUUCUCCUUGUAGUUGUUACGAUAAUUAUUGUCAUUAUUAUUGUUAUCAUUAUGAGUUUUAAGUUGAAAUGUGAUACAAGUGGUUACAUGUUUUCAGAAUCAACUUGGUUACUUUCCCAUUUCUUUUUUUUACCAUGAAAAUGUUUGAUAUAUUUAACAUGAUUGAUGUGACCUAUUAACAAUGUGAUAAAAAAAAAAGUGUACAUUAAAACAAACAAUGGUUUUGAGAAAUACAGGUAUGUAAUUAGGUUCUGUGUCAUUUCACUUGUUUUAAGCACUAUUUUUUUUUAAACACACUGCUGCUUCAACUCUUGUAUUGACUCAGUUUUGAUUGUACAUAUACUGUACUUACUCUCAUGUCACUCUUCUGAGAUUACAAAAUUGUGCCAUACUACUGACACUCAAGGGAUUUAAUGUUUCGAGAACUUUAUUUUGUCUUUUACGUAGUCACAUUGAAUUGACAUGAACAUGCUAACAGGAGCAGGUGCAGAUGUUAUGAUGAUAGAAAAUGGAUACAUUUUUACCCAUGUCCUUUGACCGCUUUUUUGAAAUGUAUCCCUUUGGUCCUUUGAAAUAAAGGAUUUCUGCAAUCACA